UUAGGUCUAGGCGCCUCUUCUUCAUCCCAUCAGGAAAUUUUACCCUAGUCUUCUUCUUCUUCAGUUGUCCUUCUGCUGGUUUGAGCUCCACAGUCUCCAUUGUUGCAGCGGCUGUUACUGAAGCAGGCAACGACACAAGGGGCAGUCCCAAAUUCAGGGCCGGCACUACAGUUAUGGCAGGAUUCGGUGCAUUUUGUGGAACAAGAGUAAUGGAGAUUGUGAAGAAGAACGAUAAAGGAGGUUUACUUUGGAAGACAAUAAAGCUUACCACCUGUCGUAAAGCCAACGCCAAGAAGCGUCUUCUCCGUGUUUGGCAGAAUGAGGCUGUCUUGAAAGUAUGUAUUGAAUCGCCUCCUACUGAAACUUCCGAACCUGGCUCUGGACAUGUGGGAAUGAAAGACAACAAGAGUGUCUAGUUUUAUUAACCUAGCAAGGCAAAAACAACAUAAAAAAAUUAUUGGUUUGAGAUGGCCAAUGCAUUUCGCAUAAUUCUGCAUUGGAUUGAUUUUCUCUAUUUAGUGUUUCUGAUGAUGUUGAACUCAAUACAGAGAUUUGUUCCUGAUAGUUGCACAAUUAUGUAUAUUGCAUGAGAAUUGUGAACCUGGAAUGUUUAUGAUUCUUGAAAAAGGAGAGUUUUGUUUUCA